UUUUGUCACUUUCAUCUCCUUCCCGUCGCACAAUAAUAAUUCCAGAGAGAAUACAUUCUCUCUCAAAUUAUUCCAUUCUCUCUCUCUCUCUCUCUCUCUCUCUCGUCCUCUUCAAGCUUCCUUCUUCCUCCUCUCCACUUCCCCACUCUCUUAUAAACAUUCUCUCUAAAUGUCCUUAUUUCCCACGCUCCUCCACCCUUCUACGACGCCGUUUGCACGUACCCGGAAAUGCUCCCACCCGACCACUCCAGCUUCAACCUCCUCACCCAUUUCAUCAAUAUCCACCCGUCCGAUCGCGGUCCCGAUUCUGAUCCCAUCUUCCUCGGAGGCCUGUUCCUGCACCCGAGUAACACCGUCCCUCCUUCCUUCCUUUCCUUGAUUUCACCCAAUGUCCGUUUGCGUUCCCGUUCGGGAUGUUGUUUAAGGUGCCGCGGCCGCAGGACGCUGCGUUUUGAAGGUUUGAAGGGAAGAAGCGGCGGUGGCGGCACGCCGUUGUUUUUGUCUGUGAGUUUGUCGAUAAGGGGAAGUGAAGGAGAUGGUGGUGAGGAAGAGUAUGUUCCGGAAUCAGGACAAGUCCUGGGGCAAAAUGGGGAUAAAAGCUUUUCAUCGGAGGAGGCCGCCGUCGUGGCGGUGUUCGAGAAGGGUGAGGCUGAGACUGCACGGAAGGGAUCGGGUGCUAUGAAUACCACCAAGCAUCUUUGGUCUGGAGCUGUUGCUGCUAUGGUUUCAAGGACGUUCGUUGCUCCUCUUGAGAGGCUAAAGCUGGAAUAUGUAGUUCGUGGCGAACAGAAGAACCUUAUUGAACUCAUCAGGACGAUUGCAGCUUCUCAAGGGCUGAAGGGAUUUUGGAAAGGAAAUUUUGUCAAUAUUCUUCGCACGGCACCCUUUAAGGCUAUCAAUUUCUGUGCUUAUGAUACUUACAGAAAUCAUCUGAGGAAACUGUCUCGGAGUGAGGAGUCCACAAAUUACGAGAGGUUUCUUGCUGGUGCUGCGGCUGGAAUUACAGCUACCUUGCUCUGCUUACCUAUGGACACUAUCAGGACAAAGAUGGUAGCACCUGGUGGAGAAGCCUUGGGUGGUGUAAUCGGUGCUUUCCGCCACAUGAUCCAAACUGAAGGGUUCUUUUCUCUUUACAAGGGUUUACUACCUUCGAUUGUGAGCAUGGCACCUUCAGGUGCAGUUUUCUACGGUGUUUAUGAUAUACUGAAAUCGGCUUAUCUUCAUUCACCUGAAGGGAGGAAAAGGAUCCAACAUAUGAAACAAGAAGGUGAUAAAUUGAAUGCUUUGGAACAACUGGAGUUGGGUCCCGUUAGAACAUUACUAUAUGGGGCAAUCGCCGGUGCUUGUUCUGAAGCUGCUACAUAUCCAUUUGAAGUUGUGAGGAGACACCUUCAAAUGCAAGUUCGAGCAACUAAGUUAAGCGCGCUUGCAACUUGUGUUAAAAUUGUCGAGCAAGGAGGUGUGCCUGCUCUUUAUGCAGGAUUAACACCAAGCCUAUUGCAGGUUUUACCAUCUGCUGCCAUAAGUUAUCUUGUAUACGAGUUCAUGAAGAUUUUUCUCAAAGUCGAGUCUACAUAAUACUUUUGAAUCCAUAUCAUGAUCGGAAGGUUCUUGUCGAGGAUGACUAGUCGAGAAUGAUUAGUUUGCUUGUAAUUUUUCUUAGAUUUUCCAUCGUCAUUUGAGUAGUUACAACUUACAACUUACAAGAGGAAUGCAACAGUCAACUCAUACAGUGAAAGAAGAAUUAAGGGCAGGCUGCGUGUGCUUGACCCGGGGGUAUUAUUAUUUUGAGAUUUUGAUUGUUUUGUAUUUGACUAGUAUUUUGAGAUAAAUUAGCACUUACAGAUGCUUAGAAUUUGUUUUUAUCUAAUUAAUCAUUAAAUUCAUGAAUAAAUGGGCAUAUAUUGUG